AUGGCUUCUGGUGAAACGCACAGCGCCGGCUCGGCCCUGGAUAAGGGCAUGUGGGCGGCCGUUGCCAUAGCCACUAUCAUCUUCAUCCUCCGCGUUAUCGCGAAGAUCAAGAUCCGUCAGAUCUUCAUCGAUGAUGCGUUGAUGUUCAUAGCCUGGGGCUUAACGGUCUCGUCUACAGUGCUACUGACACUCUCCGUACGAGAAGGCUUCGGCGGGGAUCUCCGCACGCUCCCCACGCCGAACGUGGAACACAUCCUCAAGUACAUCGCGAUCGAGAUUCCGCUGGUGACGAUCAGCACGGGGCUGGCGCGAGCGUCGUUUGUCAUCUACCUGCUAGGCAUUCUGGGCGGCAACAAGAGAUUCAAGAUCGCACUCUGGGUGGCGAUGGUCCUGCAGCUGGCGGCCAACAUCGUCUCGGGGGUCCUGCCGCUCAGCAUCUGCCGGGAUGACCGGAUCCUGUGGAAUUCAAGCAUCAAGACGACCUGCGGGAAUGUGGUGGCCGUGGUGCGAUUCUCGUACUUCUCAUCCUCCGUGAACACCGCGACCGAUCUGUUCCUGGCCGUGUUCCCCACGAUCAUCUUCUGGAAUCUCAACCUCCGCCUUAGGAUUAAGAUCAGUUUGAUUGUGCUGUUGAGUCUAGGGCUGGUCGCAAUGGUCGCGUCGAUUAUCAAAACCACCAAACUGAAAGAAGUCCCGAGCGUCACGAACCUAGGGUCGUCGGGCGGCGUCGAGCUCAUCCGGUGGGGCUUCGCCGAGAACCUGAUCAUCAUCAUCACGUCGUCGGUGCCGUGCGUGCGGCCGCUGCUCAUCUCCUCGGUGCAGAAGCUAUCCAGCGCCGCGGCACGAUCACGCUCCUACGAGCUGUCGGGGCCCUCGUCACGUUCGCGGCCAUACCAGAAGGAGAGCGCGUUGAAGGGGGAGGAGAGCGGGCACAAGCCCAACGACGACGGCGACGGCGACAGCAUCGAGCAGAUUCUCAAGGAUCUGCAUCGGCCAUCCUCAGCGCCUGGCCGGGGGAUUCAGAAGCAGGUGGAGUUUGGGCAAGCACAUUGA